UUUUAGUAAACAAACCGCAAAGAGACGAGCUGUGGAAUCCCCUAGAAUUUGUCCCUGUUUUCCUUCUCGCCAGGGGCAUACAGGGACAUUCAGGGGCAGCGUUGAAAGAGAGAGCAAUACAGCUUCCAGGGGGCGUGCUGCAAUGCCUCUGUGGGGAAAAUAUAAGAUUUUUUUAAAAUAAAGAGGACGGUUGUUCGCUUGCACCUUCGGUCUUCAAGAUGCCGCUGCGAAAUAUCUUCCGUGGCAAAAGUGCCUCCAAGUCCUUCCCUGUAAAGAUAGUAAUGCUGGAUGCUGAACUUGAAUUCAACUUGCCAUGGCGAGCAACAGGGCGAGACUUGUUUGAUCUGGUAGUACGCACAAUCGGAUUAAGGGAGACUUGGUAUUUUGGCCUACAGUUUGAAGAUUCUAAGAACAACUUUGCUUGGCUCAAGAUGGAGAAAAGAGUGCAGGACCAGGACAUUCCGAAACAGUCAGUGGUUCCUUUUGUAUUUCUGGCUAAAUUUUACCCAGAAGACGUAAGCGAAGAACUUGUUCAAGAAGUAACGCAACACCUUUUCUUCUUACAGGUUAAACAAUCCAUCUUGAAUAUGGAUAUUUACUGCCCUCCAGAAAUGUCAGUUUUGUUGGCUUCGUAUGCUGUCCAGGCCAAAUUUGGUGACUAUGAUCAUGCCACCUACAGAGCUGGCUCACUCUCCAUGGAGGAACUCCUUCCCCAGCGUGUAUUGAGCCAAUACCAAAUGACUCCUGUGAUGUGGGAAGAAAGGAUAAGGGUCUGGUAUGCUGAUCAUAGAGGAAAACGAGACGAAGCAGAAAUGGAAUACUUGAAGAUUGCACAGGAUCUGGGCAUGUAUGGAGUCAAUUACUUUACCAUCACGAAUAAGAAGCAAACAGAACUCUGGCUUGGUGUUACAGCUCUUGGACUUAAUGUUUAUGAGAGCGAGAACAAGUUAGAACCCAAGAUUAGCUUUCCUUGGUCAGAAAUACGGAACAUAAGUGUAGAUGACAAGAAGUUUACUAUCCGUCCUACUGACAAGACUGCACCAAACUUCGUGUUCUUCUCAAAGAACAGUCGCAUGAACAAGCUAAUUCUAGAUCUUAGCAUAGGGAAUCAUGAAUUGUUCAAAAGGAGAAGAAAGCCAGACACUAUUGAAGUUCAGCAGAUGAAAGCAGCAGCUCGAGAGGAGAAACACAGACGGCAGAUUGAAAAAGAUAAGUUAGCUAGAGAGAAGCAGCUGAGGGAGGAGGCAGAGAGACAGAAGGCUGAGCUGGAGCAAAGGCUCCUUCAGUAUCAGGAAGAAAUGAGAGCUGCUAACGAUGCCUUGAGGAGAUCUGAGGAAACUGCUGACUUAUUAGUAGAAAAGUCAAGAAUAGCUGAAGAGGAGACUAUGCUGCUAACACAGAAAGCCUCAGAAGCAGAGCAGGAAUGCCAACCACAUCUUCUGUCAGCCAAAACACAGGAAGAAAAGAUGUUGAUGGAGCACAAGGUAAGAGAAGCCGAGCUGCUGGUGUCAACAAUGGUAGAAGAGGGAGAGAGAAGAGCCACAGAGUCCGAAAGACUUCAACAGGAGCUGAUACGGGCGAGGUUUUCGGAGAAGCAGGCAAAGGAGAAGCUCAACACCCUUGUCAAAACAUUCAAUUCUUCCAUAUGUCACUCGGCAGCCAACUCAUCCAUUGUCAAUUCCUCCAUUCUUGGUACUUCUCUUUUGAACAAUUCUACAAUGCAUUUGCCACCACCGGCAUACUCUCAUAGUUUGGCGAUUGGCAGCACUAAUGAUUUAGUAGUAGGCUCUGCAGUGGACUUGCCAGAUCUUACACUAGAGAGCACAGAAGCCCUGAACUCUACGUAUGCCCCUGACCUGACUAGUUUGGAUCUCCUGAAUGAUACUGAUGUAGAGCAGCUGAGCUUGGAGAUUGAGAAGGAAAGGGUCGAAUAUUUGGAACGCUCAAGACACCUCCAGCAGCAGUUACGCCAUCUCAAGAGUGAAAUAGAGGUUCUGAAAGUGGAAGAAAAUCAAACUCUGUUGGACGCAGUUUACCACGAGCAGCUAAGAACUGGGGAGACAAAGUAUUCUACGCUUCGACGAACACGGUCUGGGAAUACUCGCACCAGGGUUGCGUUCUUUGAGGAAUUAUAGAUACUGUUGGCAAAAAAUGAAGGAUGAUUUUAUGAGUGAUGAUGAGUAUUGUGGAUGAUGAACAACAUAAUGAUUGUGUUAAUUUUUUUCCUUUUUGAAAAUUAUUUAUAGUUAACUAUAGUGUCUUCUCUCUUCCUGUCUCUUUCUCUGAAAUAGUUUUAGUAAAAUGUUUUAGAAAACAAAGAUAAAACAGUGAUAAAGGAAAUAUUGUAAGAAAGAAAUGUGAAAUAGUCAAAAGAGAUCUAUAUUUUUGGAGAGGUUGUAAUCCAGAGUUUGCUCUAAAUGUUCAGAACAUAAAAUAAUCUGUAAAUGCUAAGCCAGAAGUGCCCUUCAUUGCCUUGUCAUAUCACACAUCUUUUUUUAUCAUUAUUUAUAAAAUUAUUUUGCA